UACAACAUCAGCCAUGGAGAUGUCCUUCUGUGCUCCUCUCCAGCUCCAGGACAAUUGUUUCCUGUUUGACUGUGAGUCCCUGCUGGAGAAAUCUUACAAUCCUGUGGCCUAUGAUCCAGCCUCAGACCCUGGUUACUUCAGCGCAGGCAGUAGUCUGUCUCCCACCUCGUCUGUGGACUCUUUUUGCUUCUCCCCGACUGCCAUCCAGGCGGCCGGAAAUGAACAAGAUGCCCUUGAGCGCUUCAUCUUCAGCGGCUCAGAAGCACCUUGCGAUUCUUACAAGACACAGACUCUGCCCUACUCGAGGUCCUCCACAUCCACAUCUACAUCCACAGCCACCUCCGCCACAAAGAGGUCAAGGUCCAGGUAUCCGGGGAAGAAACGCGAGACAGCCAGCGAGAGGGAGAAGCUGAGGAUGAGGGAUCUGACCAAGGCUCUUCAACAUCUCAGGACAUACCUCCCAAACUCAGUGGCUCCUGCAGGACAGACCCUGACCAAGAUCGAGACCCUGCGCCUCACCAUCCGCUACAUCUCCCACCUGUCAGCUCAGCUGGGCCUCAGUGAGGAGGUGCUGGAGACGAGGAGCUCGCCGGGCUUUAUGGAGCAGCCUCAGACCCUCAGCCAGUUUCUGGGUCAGCCAACAGCCUGCAACAGUCCUCAGGAGUUUAGCUGUAACAGAAUGAGCACGACCCAGCAGUCCCCUCUGCAGCACAUAUAUCAGGUUUCCAGUGAAGGUGGCUUCACCAGCGAGCAGCAUUGGAUGCCACAGCAACAACUUCAAAAUGUCACUUUCCCCGGACAGUGCUGA